AUGUCUAGCUUUUCUUUAAACAAAAACAUUUUUGAAGAAACUCAUACAGAAAAUACUCAAUUGCAAACAGAUCUUUCAUGUUUGCAAUUUCAAUUUUUAGUUUCAGAAAAUAAUAGUUUAUCUUUAUCUGAAAAUUUAGAAAUUUUAGAAUCUACAGAAGAUAAUCUUUUAGAUAAUGAGAUUUGGACUAAGCUAGAGCUUUCUAAGUUUAAUCAAAUAUAUUAUAAAACAAUAGAUUCUUUUGAAAAACAAGAUAAUGAUAAUCAAAAAUUAGAAGAUGAAAUAAAUUUAUUACAAAAUAAUGAAUUUAAAGAAUCUUUUAAUAAAAAUUGUUGUGAUAAAAAUUGUUUACAAUCUCAAUAUGAAUAUUCUGUAGCACUAUCUCGACAUUUAAAUUUUAAAAACCUUUCUAAAUCUUAUCAAGAUAUAUAUUUAUUAGGUAUUAUAGCUGCAACUAAACGACUAGAAAUAAUUCGAAAUUCUAAAAAAUCUAAACUUGCUACUGAAUAUAUUUUUGAAGGAAAGCAAAUUUGUUCAAAUGCUUUUAGAACAAUUUAUAAACUUAGAGAAAAAAGAUAG